CGGGGUUAAGGGAGGGGGGCAAACAAGCGCCACCGAGGAGACCACCGACGAAUCGUUGGCCAGUGUCUCGAGGGGCUGUAAGAAGGUGCUAGCGCCCCGCAAGCCACGAAGAAAUUCGAGGGUAGUAACGUAUCCGACACACUGGCCUCAAAUACUCUAUGUAACCCACAUAUUAACGAACAUACAACGAACGAACGAUUCACUCAUUUGUGACUAUUAUUUUUGUAACGGAACAAGGAUUUGAAAAUACUAAAUAGUUAAAGGUGCACUGUUUCUUAUAAAUCAAUAUAUAUAAAUUGUGAUCGUUUCGCAAAUAUCAUUUAAGGCAAAACGUGACAAAGGUGAAACUUACGCCUAAGACCUAAUUCACGUUAAUAAAUGUACAACUGUGAUUUUAUUUUUGAGUGUGACAAUCACGCGUGUGGAUAAUGCAUACGGAAUUAUCAAGAUACGCUUACGAGAUCAAUCAGUUCCGGUAUUAAAAAGAUUAUUAACGUUAAAUCGAACUACUGAAGUUUAAAUACUUUUAAUUUGAAAACAUGAUAAUGACAUAUCCAAUUGUUGCAAAGGAAUUGAUACAUCAGGAAGAAAAAGAUGAUAAUUGAAAAAUGCAUCGCGUAAAUAUACGAUGUAUCGAAAGUAAAUAAUAUGGCGCGCCUUCAUCUGCAGUCAAUGACGUCAAAGUCAGAAAACGAAGGGGAUGUUAACGAUACAAUUUUACAAUUGAAUAUAAUGCAUUUAUCUUCGACUGUAAUUUGAAAACAGUUUUCGCUACAAAGUCAACGUAUAAAGAUUGAACAAAUCGCUGCAUAAAAUAUCAUAAACCAUAAUGAAAUAAAAUAUAUUUAAUAAUAAUUAAAAUGUUAAAGAAGGAAGAGUAUUUAUAGCGUUGUCAUGUGUUUCACAAAGUUUAUUGUGUAACGAUUUAAUAUUAACAAUAAUUUCAAUAAAUCGUCUAGUCAUUUAAAAACCGCACUGCGUCUAAUCACAUCGAUCAGUAAACAUAGCGGGAAAUUUGAAUUUUCGAUUGGUACAGUUCGAUUUCAACGUAAUAAUUUGAAUGUAAUCCUAACUUCUUAACGAAGAAACUUCGAUAAUUACGAAUAUAUACUCAUAUAUAAAAUUAAAUUUUAAAAAAUGAUAAAAGGAAGAAAAUAUGGUGAAAAUAUUAAUUUAUCGAUAUGAAAGAUCGAUUAGACAAUAGACCUACGAAUACGACUCAUCAAAUUUAUUUUCGUAAUCUAAGGAUAAGCCCGAUUAUUAAAAAGGGAUAAAGAAGAAACGUAUUGAACUAGCUGACGAGGAGGUUUCCUGAUUGGAAAACAGAAGCAUCGAAGGCGAAAAGCAGCAGGUUGAUAUUAAGUGGGGAGAUAUUAAAAUGGGUCAAGAGUAUCUCCUCGAUGACAGUGUACGUUGUUCGACUUCGCGCUCGAUGGCUUCAUGAGGAGAUUCUUCCGCGAACUUGUCACAAAAAUCGUUAAUAUUCGAUAGAAUAUCGUUCUCGUUCACAAUGUCAUUAACGAUACGAUUGGAUCGAAGCUUAUUCGAUACGCGUUAAUCGUACACGCGCAACAACGACAACGCGGGAAAUUCAAAAUCCUGUAAAGUAAGAGGAAGGAAAUCAUUGAUAAAACGAAACGAAUGUUCGUCUCACCUCACCGACCGCAAUUAAUAAACGCACAAUUUAUUAGUACGAUUAUUUAAUUAACUCCGAUCGAUUAAUUCGAGUAAAAUAAAGUUUAAUUCGAAUCGCACGAUGCAACGCGUAACGUGCAACGACCAACCCAGCAUCUUUACAUUUAAACAUUACUGAAGGGUGAACAGAAAAUAUUUUCUGGUGAGAUAUAAAAUCUUUUUCAUGGUGGACAGAUCGUGGAGAAUCACGGGAUCAACAACAACCACGGGGACGACUUGGCUAUAUAACAUCACUACCCAGGGCGAGAUGAGCAGCAGCGGAGGGUUAGGAUUCGGCGUCGGCGUCGCCGGCGGCCCAACCCUCGCAGCCGCUCAACAAAGCCAAGGGGUAGCUGCUCUUUUAGUGAUGCUCGCCGUAUUAUGUUUCAUUUUCGCUUAUUGCUGUUGGGGUGCACCGUUCUGCAGAUCUUUAUGUAGAAGGCACUGCUGUUGUCGGUUAGAAGAUCCUGAACCAGAUUCGCGGUUUAGCAAUAACGAUCAGGCGAUGGUAGCAACACCGACCAUUAUCCUCUUGCCACAUGGUAGAAUGCUCGUCGUGGAUGGUACAAUCUUUACACAAUUCCAAACCGAUCCAACUGGUUUGGACUUGGUAGAACUCGGCGACAGCGUACUGCGAGCUCAAAGAAAUCCACGAAGUAUAAAUCGACACCAACUACAAAACAGUCAGGGUAGUAUUCUAGAGAUGGACGCUGAAACACCUAGUAAGGACAGUUUAGGAUCCGUUGGAUGUUUCCCACCUCCGACUUACGAAAGUAUUUAUGGAAAGGAAGAAUCAGACAUGCCACCAUCAUAUUCCGAUAUUUUAUUACAUAGGUUCGCCAAUCUUCCUCACGAGAUAGACAUGCAUGGUUUCUGUCACGAUGGAAAAGAGGAAAUUGAAAUGCAAAGUCUAGACGGAUAUCCGCAUAUACUAGGCAAUCCUAUGAACACGAUACCGUACCCUUACGCGACAAUAGCAAAUUUUUCGAGUCAAAGUUUUCCACGAAGAAACGUCUCGAGGAAUCCGUCGAUCAUUAGCAACCCUCUCGAUAGCUAUUUCAUGGAUAACGAGUUAGAGUUGUACAGGAUGAGUCAGGAUAUCGUGCCUCGAGUGUUCAGUAAUGCAAAUUUUGAAACUCUCAGAGCUUACCAAGAUGAAACCUCGUUUCAUACGGAUAAUGGCAAUGAACAAUUGCAUAACGAAAAUGGGAACCAUUGUGUGUCGGAUAAUAUUCGAAAUAACGAAAGAAUACCUGCGAAUGCCGAUGAGAUUUCGCGAAAUACAGGAAACGAAUUGAUGAAUACAAGGAAUCUUGUUCGUAGCAUGUCGAGGAUCAGCCAAGAAAGUAGAAAUAACGUGGAAAAUAUGCAAAAAGAGAAUCAAGAGAACGGUGUGAUUUUUGUUCGAUUACCUUGUGCAGAGGAUCACAAUAAUGGUCAUGCGUCACAUAAUUGGUACUCUGUCGCGAAUGAGAACGACAGAUCGAGAAUGCAAGAAGAUCAAUCAAAUAUGAGAAAUGUACAUUCCGAGAACGUACAAGCGGACGAAACUAAUCAUAACACGGAAUCUAACUCGAUAGAAUAUUAUAUUAGAAACCAAAGCAUCGAUGAAUCUGUUGGGAGAUCCCAGGGACUGGAAUCUGAAUCCAAUUACUCGGACGAGGAGACUAGUAAUUUCGGGGCUCUUGCUGAUAUCCGUGAAAGUCGAGUAUAACGUUAAGUCUUUAAGUUUAUUAAACACACUUGAUCCUAAAAAAUAUAUAAUAAGCAACGAUUGACAGAAAACUUUUCGACCAAACGUAUGUUGAUAUAUUCUGUAAAAAAAUAGAAACAUAUUGUUAUUUCGCAAAUCAAUUAUUUUUUGUUAAAACUUACAUUUUUUUAUUAAUUUUAUAAUACAUGCAUCAAAAGUUGGUACUAAAAAUGUACAAUCAGAUUGAAUACUUUUUCUUUUUUUUUAAUAGAGUAGGCUUCAGAUUUAUUUGUACACAGCAUAAUAAAAGAUAAUAAAAUAAAUGUGUAUAGACAGUUGAAAAAUUACAUUAUCCAAAACCAACAGAAAGAAUUCAAGUUCUAAAUAUAAUUUUAUAUAAAAAAAUGGAACAAUCAAUUUAAUUAUGGUAAUAAUUAUAGAAGAAAAAAUGAAAUAAAGUUAGUUCAGUCCGUCCAAGAGUUAAUUAUGUAUUAGGUUUAUUAAAGGGUAAGAAAAUAAUUGUUACAAAUGGAUUUAAACAUUUUUUACCUGUUAUUAGCAAUUCAUGGUACAGAUCAUUUAUUAUACAUUUGCUUUCACUACAAAAUAAUACAUUUGAGGCUUUCAAAUAUGCAAGUUCAGUGAAAGAAGCUUAUAAUUUAUAUUUAUAUGUGUCACAAAGAUAAUGAAAAUAAGGUAUAUACAGAUAAAAUGUGCAGAAAGUAAUUGUUCGAUACAUCAAAACACUAUGUAAAAAUUAUGUUGUUAACAUAGUUUAUCCACUAUGUCUAAUUUAUUGUCCUACAACAAAUCGCGGCUUAAAUAUAUAAACAAAGUAUAGUAUCAUUUCAUGACAAAUUAAUACGGCAUAUUUACGCGAUAUAACUAUAGUAAGAGUAAAAGUUAAUUUUAGACAGAAUCACGUUCGUAUUAUAAACAUACGUUAAAUUAUUUAAGAAAUGAUAAAUUGUAUGCAUUAUUAUUGUUGUUGCAUAGAUAAAAAAAA